AUGUAUGUGAAAUGGUUUGAUACAGUAAUGUUUUACUAUGUGAUUUUAGUGUAUUUAGUGAAUGCCACUUUUUGUAAUUUUCAAAUUUCCCGCCGUUCCGUCCCCCCGUACGUCCCGACGUCGCAGGGGACGGAACCCAGAAGACAGAUGCCGGCAUCGGCUGGAGGACAUUGCCGGGGACACUGCAGGAGGGACAUCGGACAAGCGAAGGACAAGGUAAGUGAAACUGGGAAUCCCUGAACAACGCUGCAGGGUAAUGACGAGUGUAGCUCGGGGUUACCGCUUUUGGCACUGAUAACCCCGAGCUACACUCGGGAAUACUGCCAGGGAGGUUAAAAAAUAGACUAAAUU